AUGUCGGGUAACCAUGCGUUGAUAUUUGGUGCAAGCGGAAUCACUGGAUGGGCAAUAACCAAUGCUCUGAUUGAAGGCUAUCCCGAGGAGAGUACUUUCUCCAAAGUUACAGCUCUUACAAACCGUCCACUGAGUAAAGAAGCGGCACAAUGGCCACCAUCAGAGAAACUGCAAGUAGUCAGCGGAUUGGAUCUGCUCACAGAAACGGGGCAGGAAGGGCUGGAAAAAGAAAUGCAAGAGAAGGUCAAAGGAAUUGAAAGCGUGACACAUGUGUACUUCUUUGCAUACAUAAUGGACCUUGAUCCAAAAAAGGAAAUUUCUAUUAAUGUGAAAUUGCUAGACCGAGCAGUUCAAGCCGUUGAGAAUCUCUCACCCAAUCUCAAAUUCGUCGUCUUACCCACCGGAACAAAAGCCUACGGCGUCCACCUCCUCGAAAACUUCCCCUUCACACCCCCCCUCUCAGAAUCCAUGCCCCGCCUCGACGAACCGCACGCCUCCCAAAUCUUCUACUACGCACAAGUCGAUCACCUCGCCAAAUCCUGCAAAGGCAAAGCCUGGAAAUACUGCGAAGUGAUGCCCGACGUGAUAAUCGGCUUCGUGCCCAACAACAACAUCUACUGUCUCGCCCAAACCCUCGCGACCUACCUCACUCUCUACGCCGUCGUCGAAGGGAAGGGCGCCGAAUGCGCGUUCCCUGGCACGGAAAAGAGCUGGAAGAUUAAAAGCAAUGAUUCGAGUCAGGAUCUCGUGGCGCGCUUUUCCAUCUACGCCUCUCUCCACCCGGAAGUUUCGCACGGCGAACGUUUCAACAUCGCUGACAAUGCGAUUCCAAGCUCCUGGUCCCAGAAAUGGCCUGUGAUCUGUGAGUACUUCGGACUUAAAGGCACUGCGCCGCCAGCUGGCGGAUCUGGACCGCAGCCGGGGAAGUAUAUCGAGGAACAUCUUGAUGCGUGGAAGAAGCUGGAGGAGGAGAAGGGGUUGCAAACUGGACGCGUGGGGAAUGAGAGGAGUUUUGGAGGGUUUCAGUAUUUUAUUAUGACGAUGUUUGAUUUUGAUCGGCAGUUGGAUAUGAGUAAGGUGCAGAAGGCGUGGGGUGACAAGAAGGAGGAGACGGAUGUUAAGGGAGCUUGGUGGAAGGCUUUUGAUCGGUUUAGGAAGGCGAAGAUCAUACCGUGA